AUGACCACCCUCCGCGUCGGCUUCGUGCCCGAACACUUCUCUACCCCCCUCCACUUCGCGCAAACCCACUCCUUCUUUGCCCGCCACAACCUCGCCAUCACCCUCAUCCCCUUCCCCUCCGGCACGGGGCACAUGGUCAAGUCGCUCGCCGCGCACGAGCUCGACCUCGCCAUCGGCCUCACCGAGGGCUGGAUCGCCGCGCUGGGCAACGGCGCAGCCGACUUCCGCCUCGUCGGGAACUACGUCAAGUCGCCGCUGUGCUGGGCCAUCUCUGCGGGCGCUACACAGACUGCGGUGAAUUCGGUGGAAGAUCUGAAGGGCAAGAGGCUGGGAGUGUCGAGGAUUGGCAGUGGGAGCUAUGUUAUGGGCUUUGUGCUCGCGGAGGAGAGGGGCUGGUUGGAGGAUGGGAAGGAGCCGUUUGAGUUUGUGGCGCUGGAUACGUUUAAGGGGCUUAGGGAUAGCGUGAAUGGUGGGAGGGCGGAAGCGUUUAUGUGGGAGGUGUUUACCACCAAAAAAUACUACGACAACGGCGAGAUCCGUCAGAUCGGCGAGAUCUACACGCCCUGGCCGUCGUGGCACAUCGUCUCGCACAGCGACCUGCUGCACACCAACCCUGCGGCCGUGAGCGAGUUCCUGCAGGCCGUCAAUGAGGGCAUCGAGUACUUCAACGGGCACCACGACGAGGCCGUCGAGUACAUCUCGACGCACCUGGACUACUCGGCCGAGGACGCACGGGCGUGGCUGGGCACGGUCGAGUUUGCUGAGAAUGUGAAGGUGGUGGAGGAGAGGGUUGUGGUCAAGACGGUGGAUAUACUGACGAAGGCGGGCGUGGUGAAGGGGAGUGUGGGGCCGGGGGAGAUGGUGGUGAGGGUGUAG